UUUGGAUGUGCGGAUUGCCUCGACGCGAGCGGCCGCCGCCGCCUGCACCACGCCGUAUUCGUGUGUCAAAUACUCUUCUGACAAGUGACAACUGACAAGCAACCCGCCACCAGCGCCGUUGUCUACCUCGACUGCGGCAACCUUCUCCCGCUGCCUUCCCGCGUGAUCUCAACUUGGGCAGGAUGCGAUAUACCAGUUGCUGUUGGUAUUAAACAGCACGCACCAACAAUGAGCCUUGCCAAUGCCCCGAAAUCCGCCGCCGCGCUCUAUUCCUCCCUGCUCCAGAGCUCUAUGGGCGCUAACGCGUUUCGGCAAGGCAAAUCCGUGCACCACCGGGCCAUCAUCACGUCUUCCGCCUCACCUCCGGACCUCCACCUGAAUACCAAGCUCGUCAUUUUCUACUCUCACUUCGGCGACGUUGCGGCCGCACGCAGGGUGUUCGACGGGAUGCCGCACAGGAGUGUCGUGUCCUGGACUGCCAUGGUCUCUGGGUACGCCAAGAACAGCCGUCCCCAGGAGGCGCUGGACCUGUUUGCGUUCAUGCUCCGGUCCGGCGCCAGGCCGAACCAGUUCACGUUCGGGAGCGCGGUGAGGGCAUGCACGGGCGCCCGCUGCGCGAGGAGCGGGGAGCAAAUUCACGCGUGUGCGGCUAAAGGGAGGUUCGCAGGCGACAUGUUUGUGCAGAGCGCGCUCAUGGACAUGCAUCUCAGGUGCGGGUCAGUAGGGGACGCGAGGCGACUGUUUGCGGAGAUGGAGAGGAAAGACUUGGUGUCCUGGAAUUCCCUGAUGAGGGGGUUUGUGGAGAGGGAGCAUUGUAAUGAUGCGCUUGGAUUGUUUGAUUCAAUGCUGAGAGAUGGGAUGCUACCUGAUCAUUUCACAUUUGGAAGUGCUCUAAAGGCAUGUGGAGCAAUCAGUGUGCUUUUCAAUGUGGAGCUAAUUCACGCUUGCAUCAUCAAGCUUGGUUAUUGGGACGAAAACGUCGCUAUUGCAUCACUUAUUGAUUCUUAUGCAAAAUGUCGGAGCUUAAGCAGUGCGAGGGUGAUAUAUGAUUCCAUGUGUGAACCAGACCUCGUGUCAUCUACAGCAUUGAUCAGUGGGUACUCCAUGGAUAGGAACUAUAGUGAUGAUGCAAUGAAGCUUUUCUGUAAGAUUCAUCGAAAGGGUUUAAGAAUUGAUGCUAUUCUGUUAAGCUCCUUGCUUGGUGUUUGUGCUAAUGUAGCAUCAAUAAAAUUUGGGACACAAAUUCAUGCUUACAUGCACAAGAAGCAACCUAUGGGUGAUUUGGCAUUGGACAACGCUCUUGUUGACAUGUAUGCAAAGUCAGGAGAAUUUUUGGAUUCCAGACGCGCUUUUGAUGAAAUGCCCAACAGAAAUGUGAUUUCGUGGACUUCACUUAUUACUUCCUGUGCACAACAUGGUUUUGGAGAAGAUGCUGUGACCCUUUUUGCUAGGAUGGAGGAGGAUGGUGUGAAGCCAAAUGAUGUGACAUUCCUUUCUCUUCUAUCAGCAUGCAGCCAUUCUGGUAUGAUGAACAAAGGGAUGGAAUAUUUCACUUCUAUGAUGAGCAAGUAUGGUAUUGAUCCAAGAUUUAAGCAUUACAGCUCUGCUGUUGACCUUCUUGCUCGUGGUGGUCAGUUAGAAGAUGCAUGGAUGCUUGUUCAAAAUACGAAUACUGAGUGCAAGUCAUCAAUGUAUGGUACAAUGCUUGGAGCUUGCAAGGUACAUGGCAACAUGCCUCUUGGAGAAACUGCGGCUAAGAAUCUUUUGAGUAUAGAUCCUGAGAGUUCUGUGAACUAUGCUGUCCUUGCAAACAUGUAUGCAGAAUCCCAUUUAUGGGAGGAUGCUCAGAGAACAAGAAAAUUAUUGGUGGAGACAUCCAAAGGAAAAGAAGCUGGUUUCAGUGUCAUAUCAAGAUAGGUAACGGUCAACAAAGAUAUUUUCAUCUGCAGAAAUGAAAGGGAAUGGCUAUUUGCCUCUAAAAAUGAUCAAGAUUAAUCUGAAACCCUGAUCUUCUUUUGACUAUGGUCCAAGAUCCCAGAUGGACUUUAGAUCCAACGUACAUGACAGCUGUUGAAUUGAAACACUGAGUCACUGACCUUGUGAAGACUUAAGAGCUUCGACCGAUCUGUAUGCAGAGCCACACGAUGACUGCAACUGGUGUGCAGUGUUCUCUUUUUCUGCUUACUCCCUGUUUUCUGGGACUUCAUACACUGUAAAUUGUUGUACCUUUUCACCUACUUAAUGCAAAGGCAGAGCACCUGCCAUUUCGUGUUUUAAAAAAAAUGGAGCUUACAAUUUAUCAAUAGAUAGUGGAAAUGUGUA